UUGGGAGCGAGAGACGGUGCCGAUGGUGAUGACGAUCGUAAGUCCGAUGUUGGCCCAGAGGGACGUCUACUCGCUCUUGUUGGUCAGUCCAUGGUGCUACCGCGCUCUCCUAUCUGUUUCCACGAUUUGGGAGGUUCGACUAGUUCUACCAAUAGUCUUGCACGCUAGAUCUCUGGUCCAAUUUUGAAAUCAUUAGUUGAAUUUCUAUUGAAUCAUAUUGGAUAUCUUUUGGCCUACAUGGGGGCAAUUCGAGGCUCUUGAUCUGCAUGAGAUGAGUAAAGCAGGAGAACGGCUAAGAUCUGCACUCUUAUUGGAACGAUAUCAGCUUGUCAAAAAGAUUAACCUUGAAUUUGCACAAGUUGAAGAUGAACAUUUUAUUCUACUUAAAGGCCAGAUCCAGGGAAAAGUAUUUCAAGGCUUGCAACACCUCAAUCUGAAUGGCUGUCAAAAGAUCUCUGAUGUAGGAAUUGAAGCUAUAACUAGUUGUUGCCCACAACUUAGAGAGUUUUAUCUUUAUUGGAAUGUCAGGCUGACCAAUGUGGGUAUAACUCACAUUGUAAGGAACUGUAGGGAAUUGAGACGUUUAAACUUGAGUGGUUGCAAGAAUAUCUCUGAUCACUGCUUGCAUCUAAUUGGUGAUAAUUACCAGAAGUUACAAGAUCUAGACAUUACUAGGUGCACAAAGUUAACUGAUGGUGGUUUACAACAGAUACUGCUUAAGUGCUCCUUGCUUGAAAGACUGAACCUCUAUGCUCUUUCAAGUUUAACUGAUGCAGCAUAUAAAAAGAUAGCAUGCUUGUCUCAUCUCACAUUCUUAGAUCUCUGUGGUGCUCAGAAUCUAACUGAUGAAGGUCUUUCCUGCAUAGCAGGAUGCAAAAAUCUUGCUUCCUUGAAUUUGACAUGGUGUGUACGUGUCACUGAUACGGGAGUGGUUGCCAUAGCAGAAGGUUGCAGAUCUCUUGAGCUUUUGAGCUUACAUGGGAUAAUCAGUGUUACAGAUGCAUGUCUAGAAGCUUUAUCAAAGUUCAGCUCAAAUUCACUGAUGACACUCGAUGUUAAUGGUUGUGUUGGCAUCAAGAAAAGAAGCCGGGAGCAUUUGCUACACUUAUUCCCAUUGUUGAGGUGCUUCAAAGUGCAUAGUUAGUUUGAAACUUCAUGCGUCAGUACUAGAUUUUUCGCUGAACUCCACUUGCCAAUUUUUUAACAGAGGUUUGGCGAUUUGGAACCAUUAUCAACCCAUUUUACCGAGGGUCACAUAUCCUCAUUUGGGAUAAUUAGAAGAUUGUAUAAUCAUUUGUCUCCAGAUUUAUCACAAUUAAAAAAUGUUUUCCUUAUAAAAUUGAGGUAAUUGCUGCAAA